CGUACGGCGUCUUUUGUCAAAUUCGUUAGUACAUACAUCGUAAAUUGUAAUUUGUGUGAAUUACAGCAACGAAAAUGUUGUUUUGCAAAAGCUAAUAGCAGUAAACUCCUAGUAGUCUUGUUUUCAAGACAUAUCGUGAAACGCGUUGAUCGCACACGUGUUAUUAGCACAGCUCCCAAGAUUGCGAAUAUAAAGUCUAUGUUUGAAAAAAUGAGCAGCAAUGGCACAGGAGAACCUGUGCCCAAGGGCCAAAAGGGGUCCAUUGAGAAGAUUUACCAGAAGAAAUCCCAGCUUGAGCACAUACUCCUGCGUCCUGAUACCUAUAUUGGGUCAGUUGAGCGUGCCACAGAGACAAUGUGGGUGUUUGACAAAUCAAAGGACUGUAUGGUUCAGCGGGAGCUUACAUAUGUCCCUGGUCUCUACAAAUUAUAUGAUGAAAUAUUAGUAAAUGCAGCAGACAACAAACAGAGAGAUCCCAAAAUGGACGUUAUCAGAAUUGAUAUAAAUCAAGAACAAAAUACAAUAUCAGUAUACAACAACGGUUGCGGUAUUCCUGUAGUUAUGCACAAGGAUGAGAAAAUGUAUGUCCCAACAAUGAUAUUUGGACAUCUUUUGACAUCAUCCAAUUAUAAUGAUGAAGAGGAAAAAGUGACAGGUGGAAGAAAUGGAUAUGGUGCCAAGCUGUGUAACAUUUUCUCAACAAAAUUCACUGUAGAAACAGCAUCUAGACAGUAUAAGAAACAUUUUAAACAAACUUGGGGUGCCAAUAUGACAAAAGCUUCAGAACCGAAGGUUAAGGAAGCCGGCAAAGAUGAUGAUUUUACUAAAGUGACUUUUAGUCCAGACUUGGCUAAAUUUAAAAUGGACAAACUAGAAGAUGACAUUGUUGCAUUGAUGUCGCGACGAGCUUACGAUGUAGCUGCAUCAUCACAGGGUGUGAAAGUCUAUCUCAAUGGAGAAAGAUUAAAAAUAAAUAAAUUUAAAGACUAUGUAGAUUUGUACAUAAAAGGAAAAGAAGAUGAGAACGGACAACCUUUGAAGGUUGUUUACGAAAAAGUAAAUGACCGAUGGGAAGUAGCUUUGACACUUUCUGAUAGAGGUUUCCAACAGGUCUCGUUUGUUAACUCGAUUGCCACUACAAAAGGAGGUAAACAUGUUGACUCUGUAACAGAUAAUAUAGUAAAAAAUGUUCUGGAAGUAUUAAAGAAAAAGAAUAAGGGUGGUGUCAACAUCAAACCUUUCCAAGUCAAAAAUCAUAUGUGGCUUUUUGUCAACUGUCUCAUUGUUAAUCCUACCUUUGAUUCACAAACAAAAGAGAAUAUGACCCUUCAAGCUAAAAGCUUUGGAUCGAAGUGUACAUUGACUGAAAAGUUUAUUAACGCAGUCUCUAAAUCUGGUUUAGUUGAAUCAGUACUUACAUGGGCUAAGUUUAAAGCUCAGACAGAACUUGUGAAAGCAUCUGGUAAAAAACAAAGCAAACUUAAAGGUAUACCGAAGUUGGAAGAUGCAAACGAUGCAGGGACGAAGAAUGCUCAUCUUUGCACCCUUAUCCUUACUGAGGGAGACUCAGCCAAGACUUUAGUUGUGUCUGGAUUGAGUGUAGUGGGCAGAGAUCAUUAUGGUGUAUUCCCAUUGAAAGGUAAACCUCUAAAUGUUAGGGAUGCUUCACAUAAACAGGUUUUAGAAAAUGUAGAAAUAAAUAAUUUGAUAAAGAUCAUGGGCCUUCAAUACAAAAAGAAGUACAACUCUGUCGAUGAUUUAAAAUCGUUAAGAUAUGGUAAGGUUAUGAUUAUGGCUGAUCAGGAUCAAGAUGGAUCACAUAUUAAGGGACUUAUCAUAAAUUUUAUACAUCACAACUGGCCGGAACUUUUAAAACUGCCAUUUUUAGAAGAAUUUAUAACACCUAUUGUAAAAGCAACAAAAAAAGACAAAGAGUUAUCAUUCUUCUCACUACCCGAGUUUGAAGAGUGGAAGAAAGACACGGAGAACUAUCAUACGUAUAACAUCAAAUACUACAAAGGUUUGGGUACCUCCACAUCUAAGGAGGCUAAAGAAUACUUUCAGAAUAUGGAUAGGCAUAGAAUCCGGUUUAGGUACAGUGGCCCUACGGACGAUCAUCACAUAGAACUAGCCUUUUCAAAGAAAGGAGCAGACCAACGUAAAGAAUGGUUGACUAGUCAUAUGGAUGAAGUAAAAAGGAGGAAGGAAAUUGGUCUGUCUGAGAGAUAUUUGUACACAAAAGACACUAAAGCUGUCACAUAUUCAGAUUUUGUAAAUUUAGAGCUUGUUCUGUUUUCCAACGGAGAUAAUAUCAGGUCUAUUCCUUCCAUGAUUGAUGGGCUGAAACCUGGCCAGCGUAAAGUUAUCUUCACAUGCAUAAAGCGUAAUGAUAAACGGGAAGUCAAAGUUGCUCAAUUGGCUGGUUCUGUUGCAGAACACUCUGCAUAUCAUCAUGGUGAACAGUCCCUUAUGAUGACAAUAGUGAAUCUCGCGCAAAACUACGUGGGUUCAAACAACAUCAACCUGUUGGAGCCGCGCGGUCAGUUCGGCACGCGGCUCUGCGGUGGCAAGGACUCGGCCAGCCCCCGUUACAUCUUCACCCUCAUGUCGCCGCUCACCAGGCUUAUCUUCCACCCGCACGACGACCCACUGCUUGUGCACGAGUUUGAAGACAACCAGAAGAUUGAACCGAUCCACUACAUCCCCAUCAUACCCAUGGGUUUGGUCAAUGGUGCGGAAGGCAUUGGUACUGGCUGGUCGACUAAAAUACCCAAUUACAACCCUAGAGACAUUGUGGCAAACAUUCGACGCAUGCUUGAUGGUGAGGAACCUGUAACAAUGCAUCCGUGGUACAAGAAUUUCCGCGGCACAAUUGAGGGCUUCAGCGAUAAAUACGUCAUUUCCGGCGAGGCAGCCAUCUUGCCCAACGAAAAGAUCGAGAUCACAGAGCUUCCGGUCGGCUCUUGGACUCAGAACUAUAAGGAGAAUGUCCUAGAACCUAUGCUGGGGACAGAUAAAGUUAAGCCAUUGAUAUCGGAAUAUAGAGAAUACAACACAGACACAACUGUGAGAUUUGUUGUUUCCUUAUUGCCGGGUAAAUUGGCUGAAGUGGAAGCGGAGGGCAUUCACAAAGUUUUCAAACUGCAAACCACUAUUUCCAUGACCUGUAUGAAUGCUUUCGACCACAAUAACUGUCUGAAGAGAUACGACAAAGUCGAAGAAAUGCUUCGAGUGUUCUACGAUGUUCGACUGAAGUACUAUGCAAGGAGGAAGGACUAUUUGGAAGGGCAGUUGCAAGCCGAGGCUGACAAAUUGACCAACCAGGCCCGCUUCAUUGUUGAAAAGUGCGACAAGGGAUUAGUUGUAGAGAAUAAGAAGAGGAAAGUGAUGGUGGAGGAACUAAUCAAGAGAGGCUAUGCACCUGACCCUAUCGCUGACUGGAAGAAACGCGCGAGCAAAUUGCAGGGACUCGACGUUUUAGAUGAGGAGGCUGAGGAGUCUGAAGACGAACCUGAGCCAGAGCAAGAAAAGGGCAAGCCCGUUGACCCGGAGAAAGCGUUCCAGCAGCUAAAAGAGGUGAAGAAGUUCAAUUACCUACUCGGCAUGUCCAUGUGGAUGCUGACCAAGGAAAAGAAGGAUGACCUCCUCAAACAGCGGGACCAGAAGCUGUCUGAACUGAAUAUACUUAAGGCGAAAUCGCCUCCGAUGCUGUGGCGCGAAGAUCUGGACGCGUUCCUGAUUAAACUAGACGAGGUUGAAGAGAAAGAGAGGCAAGACGAGGCUAGCGUUAACAAGAAGGGCUCCAAGGCAUUGGCUGCCAAUAAGAAGAAUCGCAAGUCGCUGAUGGACAUUAUACCGUCAGAAAACGGGCGGCGAGUCGAGCCGAAGAUUUCAGAGGAUCUUAUCAAGAGGAUACAGGCAGCAGAGAAAGCUAAGAUCAAGAAAGAAGUCAAGAAAGAGUAUGAUCCUGAUGACCACACAGGCACAAGCCCAUCGAGCGCGGAAAAGAAACCUAAGGGACGCGUAAAGAAAGAGAAACCUGAGAAACCGGAGAAACCGGAGAAAACCGACGGACUUAAACAGACCAAACUCUCAUUCAAGAAGGAACCUAAGAAGAAGAAAAUGGCAAUGAGUGGCAGCAGUUCCGGCGAGAUGUCGAACUCCGACGUAGAGAUGGUCGAGCCCCCCGCACCCCGCGAGCGUGCCACAACCUCGAGACGAGCGGCCACCAAGGUCCAAAAAUAUAAAGAUGGCUCAGAGGACACGUCCUCAGAUUCGGAAGUGGAGUUACAUGACAAUAAAGUGGAGUCGGGCAAUGAGGCGCCUCGGGCCAUGUCCGCAAGCGAUGACGACGACGAUGACUUCGUCAAGAAGAACGCGCACAAGAAACCCGCUGAGAUGGAUUCUGAUUGCCUGUUCGACUCCCUAAUCGAGGAAACGAAAAAGGAAGAGAAACAGAAGCCCAAAUUCGAUAUCGACCCGCCAACAACAGUAUUAUCCAGCGACGAUGAGCCGCCGUCGCCGCCGAAGAAGAAACCCGCGCCGAAGAGGACACUCAUGAAUGUAGAGAAGAACAAGAAAGAGGAGAAAGAGAGGGAGAAGCCCAAGAAGAGGCCAUUAAAGACCGUCCUCAGCCGCGACAGCGAUGACGACGAUAGCAUAUUCGAUAGUAAAAAGGACAAAAAGAAGCCCAAUCCCAAAAAGAAAGUGAAAAAAAUGAGCAGCGACAGCGAAGUUGAAGAGAUCCCCAGUAGUCCUCUAGCGGCGCCUCGAGGCGGAGGCGGUCGAGCGCGGCAGCAGAAGAAAUACAACUUCAGUGAUGAAUCAGACUCGGAGUGAAGCUGCCUGGAUGCAGCGGUCAUUGGUUGAAAUUGAUUAUAUUGCGUGAGUGAACGCCAUAUGAAAAAAAGGAGAGUACUGUUUUUUAUACAAAGUUAUAUGAACAAUGAUGUUUUUAUUUUUUGUUACGGAAACUUUGUAAGAUACUAAUUACUACAAUAA